GCUUUUCGUCGCUACUUACCAGUAUUUCGACGCUACUUACCAGGUUUGUUUCGCGCGCCUUGGUACAUAUUGUCGGAACGUCACAGCAUACAAAAACCAAGUGGGCGCGAGUAGCCUAUACACGCCUGGGACAGUCGAACGUGCGUGGCUGGGAAGAGGAUUGGUAAUCGAUUUGAACCGAGCACUUGAGUCUCAUUUUCCAAUUUACCAUCUUUACACCAUGGCAUCUAUCACCUCCUCGGGCGCGUCAUUCUCGGUGCUUACGAACGGCCCGCUCAGCGCCAUGAUCCUCUCGUACCAGUACGGCGUCACGAAGGAGAUGUCGGCCGUGUGCCUCACCGCGCGCCGCAAGCUCAAGCGCCGCCCGCUCGCGUCCCAGAAGCACUUGAUUCUGUCCCAAACCGACAUGUUCCGCGGCUACCUCCUCCUCAAGCUGCUCGAGAAGGACGACUUGGCGACCGCGAAGGAGCUUUUGCGCCAGCGCCCGACCGGGUACAUUGCGCCGCCCGUCGAAUCGAGCUACAUUUACGGCCUCAACAACGCGGCGCGCCUCCGCGACCUCGAGCUGGUCAAGUUCCUUCACGACAACGAGCUCUCCAAGGCAACGAAAGACGCCAUGGACACGGCCGCCGAGUUUGGUGACCUCGAGAUCGUCCGCUACCUCCACGAGAACCGCAAGGAAGGCUGCAGCCUCGUGGCGUUCGUCUUGGCCGAGCGCCACGGCCACAACGACGUGCUCGAGUUCCUCACCGAGCACCGUCCCCGGGAUCGCAACGCGUGUCCGUCGGCAGACCCAAAGUUGCUCAUGAUCCCGGCCAUGCUUAGCAACACGUGCAACAUUCAGUAGACUCGAUGUUUCGAGUAGGAUAGUAGUAAUAGUAUUAUUUAAAAGACACGUUGAUU